AUGCGUCCGACCGCACUCAUUCCAGCGCUAUGCUGCGCAGGAGCUCUCAUCCUCUCUUUCCUGUGCCUCUUCGCAGGCCAUAAGAAAGGCUUCAUGGAGGACUACCACAUGCUUACCCUCAAUACCUCCCGCCUGGGCGAAAACCUCGUCAACAGCUCCCUCACCGACUCCGGCGGCCCGCUCUCCUCGAUCUGGAAUUCGAUCCCCACUGACAUCCAAAACGACGUCGGCGAAGCCAUCGGCGUCGUCACCGAACGCCUCGGCAUCGAGGACUUCUACUCCGCCCACAUACUCGACUACUGCUACGGCCAGUACGUCCCCGCCGAGGCCGCCAAUGCCACCGUCUCCGCGUCCGACAUCCACAAGAACCUCACGGGGUGCUCGAACCGCACGGCCAUGUUCUGGUUCAAUCCGAACGAGAUUUUGGAAAACGCGCUGAAUCAGAGCGGCGUGGAUGUUACGCUCGACGAUCUCGAGUGGCCCGCGGAUAUCCAGCGCGGGCUGGAUGCGCUGCGCGUUAUCUGGAAGGUGGCGUUUGUGCUGUACUGCAUUGCCAUCACCUUGAUCGGCAUCGCGCUUAUCGCCGCUCUGCCUGCUAUCUUCGCCUCGGGCCGCCUAGCUGCGUGCUUGAACCUGAUGAUUGCGAUUCUGGCGUUCAUUGCAAUUGGGUUGGCCAGCGCGCUGACGACCGCGGUCAUUGUCAAGGGCGCGGAUGUGGUUAACCAGUACGGGGAUGAUGUGGGUGUGCAGGCGCACAAGGGCGGCAAGUUUUUGGCGAUUACGUGGGCAGCGACGGGGUUGAUGCUGGUGGUGCUUGUGCUAUGGAGCGUGGAGAUUUGCUUUGGGCAUCGCCGGAGGAAAACGUACGUGCCUGCGAAGCACGGUUAA